ACAUAAAUGAUGCGGACCCACCCGGAUGGCGCCGCAUCGCUCAAGUUGCACUCCUUUGUGAACCAUAAUUUGCUCAUUUGCUUCUCGGUAGAACUCCAAAUCUUAUUAAUUUAAAACAUGUCCAUCCAAACGACAGAGGAGAGAUAACCUGAACCUAACCUGGUGCUUUGCCGUACUCGCUGACCCGUCUCUCCCCCCCAUCGGUGCUGCUCCCAGCCCGUUAUGAACGGCUUUCAGCUCCCGCUCAUCGCCGUGGUACUGGCGGCCUACUGCGCUGUGGGGAACCCGGAGACGCCCGCUCAGGAAGACGGCACCCCGCCGUCGAGAAUCGCUGUGGUCGGCGCGGGGAUAGGAGGCAGCGCUACGGCGCAUUUCCUGCGACAGCACUUCGGCCCCGAGGUGCAGGUGGACGUGUUCGAGAAGGGCGAGGUCGGAGGCCGUCUGGCCACCGUGACCGUCAACCACAACGAAUAUGAGUCUGGAGGGUCCAUCAUUCACUCCCUCAACCUGCACAUGCAGGAGUUUGUCAAACAGCUUGGUUUGAAGUAUCGGCGUAACGUGGCAGGAAAGACGGCCGUUUUCAACGGCGAGGAGGUGAUUCUGGAGGAGACCGACUGGUACCUGCUGGACCUGUUUCGCCUGUGGUGGCGCUAUGGAAUCAGCUUCAUACGGCUGCAGAUGUGGGUGGAGGAAAUCAUGGAGAAGUUUAUGAGGAUUUAUAAGUACCAGGCUCACGGCUACGCCUUCAGCUCCGUGGAGGAGCUCCUGGACUCCCUGGGCGGCAGCGGCUUCAUCAACAUGACCAGAAGGCCGCUCUCCGAUUCGCUGCUGGAGCUGGGCGUGUCGCAGCGCUUCAUCGACGAGGUCAUCGCCCCCGUCAUGCGGGUCAACUACGGACAGAACGUCAGCAUCCCCGCCUUUGUAGGCGCUGUUUCUUUGGCUGGCGCCCAGAACAACCUGUGGGCGGUGGAAGGAGGGAACAAGCACGUGUGUUCAGGACUGCUGAAGAUGGCUAACGCCAACUUACUGAAGGCGCAGGUCAAAUCCGUCUCCCCCGUCCACACGGCAGAGGGGCUGCAGUACCAGCUGAACUUCACCACAGCAUCAGGAGUCGGCUCGGAGCUCUACAACAUUGUGGUGUUGGCGACUCCGCUUCAGGCUAGCGUUGGUUCUGGACUCCAGUUCCAAGAUUUCGCCCCUCCCUUCGACGAGCUGCCUGGCGACUACCACGGCACGGUGGCCACCAUCGUUCACGGCUACCUCAACACGUCUUUCUUCGGCUUCCCGGACCCGCGCCUGUUCCCGUUCGCCAGCGUCCUCACCACCGAGACGCCCGGCCUCUUCUUCAGCAGCGUGGCCAGCGUCUGUCCGGUCAACGUCUCGGCCGGCUUCCGCCGCAAGCAGCCGCAGGAGGCCGGGGUCUACAAGGUGUUUUCGCCUCAGUCGCUGGACAAGUCCCAACUCAAAACACUCUUCAGGUCGUACUACUCAGCCCAGGUGACGGAGUGGCAGGCCUACCCUCAGUACGGCAGCAGCCAGGGACUGCCGCCGGUGGAGCUGCACCCCAACCUCUACUACCUGAACGGCAUCGAGUGGGCCGGCAGCGCCAUGGAGAUGAGCUCGGUGGCCGCCAAGAACAUCGCCCUGCUGGCGUACCACCGCUGGAACAAGCAGACGGACAUGGUGGACCAGAAGGACCUCAUGCACAGGAUCAAAACGGAGCUAUGAUCGUCUAAAACAUUUGCUGUAAAAAUCCAGUUCAGUGUUAUU